CAGGUAUUAAAUGGCAUUCAGUUGCUGAAUUUCCAGUAUGGAGUUGUUUGUGAUGGCCUAAAGCAGUUUCCGAACCGUCCUGAAGCACAGCCCUUUGACCAGUGGAUGGAGAAUCCGCACGUGCUCCAUCUGUUGGCCUAUUGCAUUAAGAAAGAUGCUCCUCACCUGAGACUUUCUCCAGAGAGAUGAUAGCUGUUAUAGUAUUAGACUGAGGUUGAUUGCUGGAAAUCUGAAUAAGAAAUAACACAUGACUGUUAUAUCAGUCUUGUCAUAUAUAGUUGAUGAUAAUAGUAGUGUUAUUCUAGUACUGAGGGGGUUUUAAGGUAGGUGAUUAUAUUAUAAUGAUGAUAAUUAUUGUUUUUAUUAUUGUUAUUAUUAUUGUUAUUAUUAUUAUUAUUAUUAUUAUUAUUAUUUUUUUUUUUUAUUAUUAUUAUUAAUAUUAUUAUUAUUAUUGUUAUUAUUGUUAUUAAUAUUACUGCUAUGCUUACUAUCAUUGUUCAUUUUAUUAUUCUUGUUUUUUCUUUGUUGUUGGAACAUGAUUUAGCAACCCAGCUUACUAAGGAAGAAUGCCACCCAUUUUUUUCUUUGUCUUUCUUUUUCAGAAGAGUAAUUAUUAUAGGAUAUUUUUUAUUGAUAUUGGAAAUUAGAGGAAGGCUAUAUUGCCUCUUAUAUUAAGAAGGAUACUCCCCACAUGCAGAUUUCCACAAAGACGUGAUAAAGACUGGGGGAUUAGUCUAAUGUUAGGUGCUACUAAUCUAAGCCAUGUUUAAUAUAAGUAGCUCAUUCCAGUGUUGCAGUCUCAAGAUUUAUAGUGACCCCUGAGUUAUUAAUAGUGUGUUGGGAAAAACAUAGCAAUGCAUUUGAUUUUGAAGAUGGUCUGCUGCAAAUUUUAUGGCAUGUACCGAGGUACCGAGUAUAUAAUAAAUAUUUAAUUUAUUAUUAUGUACA